AUGCCACCACAAGAUACAUGUGUACCAUCAAGUCUUAGUCUUCGUUGUCCAGCUGGUUCUGUAAUUGUUGUUACAAGCGCUGAGUAUGGUGUUGCACAAGUCGAUGGUUCAUGUAGCUAUACGCCAGGUGAUUGUAUUGCUGAUGCUAUGAGUAUAGUAAAUUGUGUAAGUGAUUCUGUUACAUGUAGUAUAUAUGCAACGAGAAAAAGACUAUCAGAAUGUAAUGAUCAAUUUGGUAGUUAUGUUCACAUUGAAUAUGAUUGUGUACCAAUGUCAAUGAAUGAUCCAGCAAAAGAAUAUAAUGUAUGCCAACAAAAUAGUACAAAACUAACAAGUGAUUUUGGAAUAUUAAAAAGUCCUGGUUAUCAAUCACAAUUUCAACUUACACCAUAUGAAUGUCUUCGUACUAUACAUGUGCCAGAUGAUAAAAUAGUUCGUUUAUGGUUAUCUGAUUUAUAUAUUAGUUCAGCAGGUGUCAAUUGUCCAAACGAUCAUGUAUAUGUUGUUGAUAAUGUUCAAACAUUUCGGCAUUGUGGUCUUCAACGAUAUGCUUAUCCAUAUUUAUGUUCAUCGACUAUUCUUAUUCAAUACAAGACUUCAACAUUAAGUUCAUUUUACCGUGGAAUGCGAAUGUAUUUCGAAAUAGUUGAUCGAUCGCCAAAUGAUAAUUGUCCAAAUGGAACAGUAACACCUUUGCCAGCAACAACACCAAUUCCAACAGAUGUAACAACAGCUAUACCCAUUUAUGUUGUACUUGGUAUUGCAUCUCCAAUCCGAAGUUUUCAAAUUUGUAAAGGCGAAUCACAUACACUUCAAUGUCCAAAUAAUUAUGUUGUAGCUAUAAGAACAAAUAAAUAUGGUGUUACUCCAUCGGAUCAAUGUGAAGAUCAUGAUGCAUAUAAACAUUGUGCUGUUACAAUAGAUCCAACAUUUAUGUGUCGACAAAAUUGUACAUAUUUAUAUACUGGUAAUUAUGUUAUUCCAUUAUGCGGUAAUAAAAUUGCUGCUUAUCAAUAUGUUGAAUAUCAAUGUAUACCAUUAAAUACUGAACUUGUUUCACCAAAUACAACAUGUCCAGCUGAUGGUUUAAAAGCUUUAAUACAAAUCGAUCGUCGAGGUCGUUUUCAAAGUUAUAAAUAUGGUACUUCUAUUUUAACAAAAAUGAAUUGCACAUAUCGAUUAAAAACAAAACCUGGUGAUAUUAUGCAUAUUUAUGCACUUGAUAUUAGUUUAAAUGAUUAUUCAAAAGACUGUAAAGAAAAUAAAAUAGCAUUUGUUGAAGAUGGUGAGACUGAAGGUGCAGACUUUUGCGAAGAACGGUCAUAUAGAUUAAUUUAUUCAACUUGUUCAAAUGAAAUUGAUUUACGUUAUAUUGUUACAAAUGAUGGUAUGCGUUUCUCAGAUGGUGCCGAACUAUAUAUUGAAAGUCAAGCACGUCCAUCAGAUUGGUCUUGUGGUAAACCUUUACUAACAUCAUCCACUCCAAUGACAUCAUCCGCCUCAACAACAUCAUCCAGUCCAAUGACACCAUCCACUCCAAUACCUAUUCAAACAACACAUCAUGCUCAAAAUACAUCGGCAGUUACGUAUCCUAUGACUCCAACCUCGGAUACAUAUCGAAUUAUUAUAAUCGUACUGUCAGCUGUUUUAGGUAGCAUAGUCGUCAUGGGUAUCAUCGGCGGCUUUGGCUACUAUAUUAAAGUGGUCAAACCAAAAAGAAAAAUAAUUGUAAGUAGUGGCGCCGUCAAUGAUAUACCAAUGACAUGA